AUGGAAUCUUUAAAGGCCUUAGUAGCCGAACGUGGGGCGAUCAAGUCUAAAUUGACUCGUUUUAGAAAAUUUGUAGAAACUUCAGUUCUUGAAGAUGACAUACUAGCCUUUGAGAAACGCGUAAAGGCAAAUGAGGGGUUGUACGAAAAAUUCGAUAAUGUUCAAGCUCAGAUAGAAACCAUUGUAGUAGGAACAGACACAGAGGACGCACAUCUAGAGGAGCGCGAAUCCUUUGAAAGCAUUUAUUUUGGCGUGCUCUCGAGUGCCGAAAGGCGUUUGAAUAGUGCUCGUGGUUUACAGUCUCCGGCACCGUCGCCGGCCAAUGUCGUUCCGUCGACAUCAGCUGACCCGUAUACCACGACUCGUCUUCCCGUUAUUAAACUACCAACUUUUAGUGGCGAUUUCGGCCAAUGGAUUCGAUUUCGCGACACGUUUACUUCCUUAGUGCAUACUUGUGACAAGCUUACGAACAUUGAUCGUUUUAACUAUUUAGUAUCGGCGUUAACGGGUUCAGCUGCGCGCGCGUUAGAGUCAUUUAGUGUAUCGGCCGCGAAUUACGAGCUCGCUUGGUCUCGCCUGAAGGAGCGGUAUGAAAAUCCAAAGGCAUUAAUUGACCAUCACGUCAAUGCAUUGCUUGACGUGUCUCCUGUUCGAAAACCAGACGGCGAGGCGCUAAGUAAAUUUAUAGAUACCGCUGUAAACAAUGUUCGUGCUUUAGAAGGGUUAUUGAAACCGCUUGAAUUGUGGCAAUCCCUUGUUAGUGUCUACUUAGCUAAAAGAAUAGAUUCCGCUUCACUCGAUGAAUGGGAGAGGAGAAUAAUGGAAGCAUCGAAUAGGCCUACUUUUGACGAAUUUGCAAAAUUCUUGGAGCAGCGUUCUCAAUAUCUUACGCGAAAGGACGCAAACAAACCAAUUGCGAAUAAUACCGCGGCUAGCAACCAACAUAAGGACAAUCGGUCCCGCGCUGUGAUUAAUAAAGCAUACGCCCCAGCUUCUCAUGUUAGUAGUCAACCGGGCGAAUGUUUGUUGUGUAAGGGUGGGCACGCGCUGCAACAUUGCCCUAAUUUAUUAGCUCUUUCUUUCUCUCAAAGACACGAAACAAUCAAACGAUUGCAAGUUUGUUUUAACUGCCUAGCACCUGGGCAUAGCAUCAAAAAUUGCACCCGCGGUAAAUGUAGGAAAUGCGGAAAAAAGCACCACACUGUACUGCAUCGAGAAGAAACCAUAGCGACAAGCGAGGAAAAGGAAAUUCCUCCAGCUCCAUCUACCUCUCAUGUAGUCCAGUCGUAUAUAUCAAAUUCGACCGAAAUCGCGAUCGAUUGCACGGUUCUAUCAACCGCCGUAGUUUUCGUAGUAGAUGACAAAGGCAAUAGACACCGGUGUCGCGCAUUGUUAGAUGUAGGUUCCCAAGCUCAUUUUAUUACCGAAGAAUUUUGUAAUCGGGCUCAUAUACGCUGUACACCUGCUGAAAUGAGUGUUAGCGGCUUGGCGGGAGCAAGAAAUCCCAUUCGGUACAAGGCUCAAUUGCAAAUCGCUUCGGAAGGGAACUCUUUUCAGACCGUUUUGCCUUGCUUAGUAAUAAAAGGAAUUACAGAGGCCAUGCCUAACAUUCCUCUGAAUAAAGUGCGUAUUCCUAUACCACUUGGUGUUACGCCAGCUGACCCCGAAUUCCAGCAUCCGGGUCGCAUCGAUCUCUUGAUCGGUGCGGGCUUAUUUUGGAAGCUGUUGUGCAUCGGGCAGCACAAGGCAGGAUUAGGCAAUCUAGUAUGGCAAAAAACGCGCCUGGGUUGGGUGUUAGGAGGCAGUUUGAAUUGGCCCGGAGAAUCAACCAAACCCAUUCAAGCCUGCCACGCUAUAACAAAUGCACAGUUAGAUGCUUCGAUUUCGCGCUUCUGGGAUCUAGAAGAAGUAAAUUCACGCGAAUCAGCCUCGACGAGCGCGGCUAGUAGCGAGUGCGAGGCACAUUUUAGGAAAACCACGGUCCGCGACUCAGAUGGGCGUUGCAUUGUUAGUCUUCCCUUUAACGACCGUCUAAACGAAUUAGGAGAAUCGCGCGAACAGGCAAAAAGGCGCCUGUUAAACAUUGAACGGAGAUUUAAACGAAAUCCGGACCUUCGUUUUCACUACUUAGCUUUCAUGAACGAAUACGAGGCUCUAGGCCACAUGUCACUAGUCCCCACCCACAAUAUAGAUAAUUCCAACGCGUACUAUUAUUUGCCGCAUCACGCGGUAUUUAAAACAUCUAGUACUACAACGAAGGUUAGAGUUGUAUUUGAUGGCUCGGCGAAGACGUCAUCUGGACUUUCGCUAAACGACGCACAAUUAGUAGGACCGACGGUACAAAGUGACCUUGUCACCAUCCUUAUUCGAUUUAGAAAACAUCGCUUUGUACUAUCCGCCGAUAUAGAAAAGAUGUAUCGGCAGGUUCUUGUUACGAAUGCGGAUCGCAAAUUUCAACGCAUACUUUGGCGCUCCAGUGAGAACGAGCCCAUCAAAACCUACGAAUUGAAUACCGUGACCUACGGAACGGCAUCGGCUUCAUUCUUAGCGACCCGCGCGCUCCAGCAGGUAGGACGAGAUUACGCACAGGCAUUUCCUUACGCGAGCACCGUCAUUCAAAACGAUUUUUAUGUCGACGACCUGCUAACCGGCUGCGAAACAGUCGAGCAGGCUAUACAAUUGCGGGAGUCGUUGACCUGGGUCCUAGCGCAGGCAGGUUUCUGCCUGCGAAAAUGGGCGAGCAACGAUUCUACCAUCCUCAAUUGCGACGGGCCGGAAUCAAACAGCACGGUAGAAAUCAAACCCGCAGACAAAGACCCAAAAACUUUAGGCUUACUUUGGUCGGUGAACACGGACAAACUUAGUUAUUCAAUCCCAAGCGUUUCGACAAAUCGGGUUACCAAACGGGUUGUUCUGUCUGAAAUCUCAAAAAUCUUUGAUCCGCUCGUUCUCAUAGGCCCUGUAAUAGUUAAAGCAAAAUUAUUAAUGCAAGGGCUUUGGCAGUUUCAGUUAGGUUGGGAUGAAAGUCUCCCUCAAGAAAUUCAUACGCAAUGGUGCACCUUUCGGAGUGAAUUGCAUGAUAUCGCUUCAUUAUCAAUUUCGCGACGGGCUUUAGUUGAGUCAGAGGAAGACAUAGAGCUCCACGGGUUUUCGGAUGCUUCCGAAAGGGCCUACGGGGCCGCUAUAUACCUGCGCACACGAACAGGCCAUGGAUCCUGGGCCUCCCUAUUGUUAUGCGCGAAGACCCGCGUGGCCCCGCUCAAGACAAUAAGCUUACCGCGCUUAGAAUUGUGCGGCGCCUUAUUACUAGCUCAGUUAGCAGGCAAGGUGCGAACUGCAUUGUGCAUAGACUCGAUGAAGGAAUACUACUGGACUGAUUCUAUGAUAGUAUUAGCUUGGAUUAGGGACGAGCCUUGCCGAUGGAAAACUUUCGUAGCUAACCGCGUCUCGGAAAUUCAGAGCACCACGUCAGCUAAUGAUUGGCGGCACGUGGUUUCUGCUAGUAACCCGGCCGAUCUGUUAUCACGAGGUGUUGCCCCUCUAGAUUUAAAAAACAAUAGUUUAUGGUGGCAUGGGCCAGCCUGGCUCUCGAAAAAUAUAGAAACAUGGCCUUCAUCUGAGGCCACAAUUGCCGAUAUCCCGGAGAAGAAACAAGCCGUCGUCAUACACUUAGUUGCCUCCAACGCGCCACUCCCUCCAUUUUCUGAAAUAGUUUCGCGAUAUUCAUCCUACACAAGAUUGCUCCGCGUAGUGGCUUAUUGUUUGCGAUUUAUUAAAAAUGCUCGCAUCAAGGAAUUCUCAACGAAAGUUCAGGGAAACGGUUAUCAUCGCUGUCCGCCGACAGCGUCAGAAAUCUCACAGGCAGAAAGAGCAAUUAUCCGUAGUAUGCAGGAGGCUCACUUUAGUAAAGAAAUAGCACAUCUCACGGCAAAUAGGCCAAUUGACAAGCAUAGCACAUUGAUCUCCUUGAACCCAUUCAUUGACGAACACGGACUCAUCAGGGUGGGCGGUCGGCUUAAAAAUGCUCAAUUAGAAUAUGACCAGAAACAUCCAAUCAUUAUUCCCAAAACUGGGCCUCUCGUGACUUUGCUAAUACGACAUGAACACGUACGAUUGCUGCAUGCUGGCUGCCAGCAGACCUUCGCGGCCAUUCACGCCAGGUUCUGGUUGGUCUCAGGUAGGCGGCUAGUAAAAAAGGUAUUACGCGACUGCGUCACUUGUUUUCGAACGAAUCCCGUUAGCACGCCAUAUAGAAUGGGCAACCUACCUGCCCAUCGCGUGGUCCCGGCUCGUGCAUUCGCUACCUGCGGUGUAGACUAUGCAGGCCCCUUUCUAAUCAAAGAAACGGGACGCGCUCGUGUAGCUCGAAAAUCGUAUAUAUGCCUUUUUGUCUGUUUCACUACAAAGGCAAUACACAUUGAACUUGCCACCGACCUCACAACCGACGCCUUUCUCAAUUGUCUACAUAGAUUUAUAUCGCGUAGAGGUCGAUGCAGCACCAUCUACUCCGAUAACGGUAGAAAUUUGUUGGGUGCUCGAAACGAGCUACAAGAACUGGGUACACUAUUAAAUUCGGACUUGCACAAUAAUCGAGUAAUAGAUUCACUAGCGAGGGAGCAUAUAGAAUGGCAUUUCAUACCGCCAAACGCGCCUCAUUUCGGAGGGCUGUGGGAAAGGGGUGUAAGAUCAAUCAAAACACACUUGAAACGGGUAGUUGGGGAACAAAGACUUACCUACGAGGAAUUUUACACCAUUUUGACGCAGAUUGAAGCAUGUUUAAACUCACGCCCCCUAUAUCCUCUAUCCAAUGAUCCGAACGAUAUUAAUCCUCUCACCCCUGGUCACUUCCUUAUCGGAGAUGCGUUGAUGGCCCUACCCCAGCCCGACAUCACUAAUCUCAAUCAAGGGAGGUUGAAUAGAUAUCAACUGAUCCAGCAGACAGUCCAGCAUUUUUGGAAGCGGUGGCAGCAGGAAUACCUGCAUGGACUCCAGCAGCGCCAUAAGUGGCGAACGAAUUCUCCGGGGACAAUCCAUAAGGAUGCGUUGGUCCUGAUCAAGGAGGACAACUUACCGCCAACGAGAUGGCGGCUCGGCCGUAUCACUGAGCUGCACCCAGGGUCUGACGGUAUCAUUAGGGUGGUCACACUCCGUACCGCCGAUGGUGUCCUCAAGAGGCCUGUAACGAGAAUCUGCAUUCUACCAAAUGCAGAUCCAGAGCAAGCCAAGGAUUCGCCCCCGCAUUCACUUAAUCUUUGUACCAAUUAA